GCAGAAUGUCGUCAAGACAAUCGCGUCGUCGCUCACAUCAGCAGCAGCGUCAGCGAAAAGAACCUGAGUACCCGCAGAAAAGAGGUCAUGACGACAACAGAAAGAAAACAAAUAACAAGAUCAGCAACGUCAGCGUCAUGCAGGGAGAGACCUGCUGCUGCACAAGUUUUAUUUAGUGGCCAGCGAGCUCGACGUGCUAAUACCACUACAACUGUUGCUUAAAGAAAGAAGCGACAAGAACAAGUUGACAACCAGAACACACAUACACACAUAAUUUACAUGUACCAUCUCUUUUUCUUAUUUUUCUUCGAUUAUCUACCUCUCUGUUCUUUUAUCUGUCUUCUCUCUCCUUCUUUCCUCAUACUUUUCGAAUCAAUAAAAACCAUAAACGGGGCAGUGAUGGAAUCUCCUCCUCCGAAGAAUAAAAAGCGAGGCAUCAAUGGUGGCCGGUGGUUACGCAUCAAAAACUACUACAUCAAGAAUAAGAAAAGCGGCAGGAGGGCGUCCUCUUCCGCCUUUUCCUCUUCUCCGGAUGAAAUACCGCCCUAUGCACUUGAACCUGGCAGGAGUUACCUCCUCAAAGUAUCGUCCGGUGCGCAUAUUUCCUUAUUUCAAGGCGUGGAAGACGAUGGCCUGUUUAAAUUUUCUGUUUUACGUCAUCAUGUGGAUGAGAUAGUUGUGCCCCGUCGAUGGUUGGAAGCACGAUAUCUUGUUGGUGACUUUCAUGCAUACUGUGCUUUUGACGAGUAUUUUAAUCCGCGUGUGGACUUUUGGUACGACCUUCUUAUCUUGGCAGCAGCUGCUACUGACAGCAGUAAUGAACAUCAGCAGCAACUGAAGCAGCAAGUUUCUACAACAGCAGCAGCAACAACUACAACGCUACCAAUACAAUGGUUUCUUAUGUUUGAGGAAGCUUAUCGGAAAGAACAAGAAGCCACUGUCGUCGCUACUAUGCAAUCUCCUCCAGUGUCACAGCCAGUAACUCCAUCUCCGGAGCAACUAUCUCCAUCACAGGAUACGCCACCCGAGCCUCAACAAGAGCAGCAACAUCAACAACAGCCGCAAAGGCGGAAUUCACAACAGCAAGAACAAUUUAUGCAGCUACCCUUCAUCCGAGAACAAGAAACAGAAACAAUGUCGUUCAAACCCUUCCAUCGCGAAGCAGACAGCCCUGCACACUUAUACUUGGAUCUCUUUGGUCAUUCUAAUGAGCACCAACAACAGCAACAUCCAGGAGGGCCAGUAACAAUUGACAACCACAAUCAAGACCAGCCUGUUGAGCGUCCAACAAGAUCUCGGCGCACAUCCAUUCGUCAAAUAAUAAUGAAAAAGAUAGCACCCAUUUAUGAAUAGAAGAACGAUGAUCCCACUAGGUUACGAUACGUCGAUUCGCGUGUCUUUUUAGCAUAGUGUUCUUCAAUCUUAUCCUGCUGCCUCCGUAACUCUUUCAAAUGAUCUUGUCGUUCCUUUUCCAAUUGUUUCAAAAAUUCAGCUCGUUCCACUGCAAACGGCGGUGUUUUGGUUUCGUAUGCAUGCUUCACGUCUUGUAGAACCGUCUCCAACGUAUUCAUAUCCUCUCGUACUUUGUUACCUUUAUACACA